ACCGGUACUGCGAUACUGCUAUCCUGGUCGAAUAAGAGAGAAUGCAAUGGAGCCCAAUAAGGAGGCACCGAAAAGAGACUCUUCUGAGGAGCUCGAGAAACUGCCAGACCGAAGUUUGAGAGACUCAACACACGGAACCACAGAAACAGAGGUUCCUGUGGGUGCCAGUGCAAACGUGACGGAGCUGGUUAUGGAAAGCCAUCUCGAUGUGGAUGCUAGCACCCAAAAGUUGGUUUCGAUGGUGGCAGAGAGACCAGACAUCUGGUUGAAAGGUGAGGGUAGCAAGAAAGAUCCAAGGGAUAGCCAGGACAAUAGGGAAUUUGAGGCUGAUCAUGUAAAGAUUGCAAUCGAGGGUGGUGAUGAGGGUGACACGCUCGAGACACCUCCCUUGUUGUUGACCAGGGCAAACAUUGUCGCCAGGGAUGUUCAGCCGGGUGCACAGGCCGUUGCAGGGCCAGGUCGAGACACCGGUACACCAAAUGAUGAUGAAGUGCCAUCCAGUGGUGAGUCACCAGGAGGAUCACCGGAUCAACCAAUUGUUGUGGAUGAAGAAAGCUUGGGAGUCGUCAAUGGUUUCGUUGUGGAGGAUGAGCCACCUGAAUCAACAAUACCGCAGAGAGAGCUUAUUGAGGGCACCAUCUUGCGGGAGGAGAGUGGCCAAAGAAGCCGCAAAAAGAGUUGGGCUGCAUUAAUGUGCUUGUUUUCUUGUGUGAUCGCCGCCACCAUGACGGCUUUGCUGUUGCCCAGACAAUCCAAAACUAAUGACCCCGAUGAAGCAUCCGCCCCUUUCGAUGAGGGCAUGCCCACCGUUUAUCCUCCAUAUCAGGACGGUCUACCUCUUGCAUUAGUCAAACAAAUUUCUGCCGUUUCAAGCCCAUACUAUAUGGCCAAUAUCUGGAUGCUUCAAGACCCUCAUCUCGAAACCUACACUGAAAAACAAAAGGCGCAGCGACUUCAUUUGGUUGCUUUAUUUUACUUUGCGAAUGGUCACAACUGGACACGGACCGACCAUUGGCUCCAAUAUGAUGUCUCGGAAUGUGAUUGGUAUUCUUCCAGCGAUUUUGAGCCAACAUGUAAUGAAGAGGGAUCCUUCGUCAAUUUGAAUAUGUCCUCCAACAAUUUGCGGGGAGAUCUCACUGGUAUUCAUGAUCACAUGUUGGAAAUGCAGGUAUAUGACCUCUCCAACAAUUCCCUCUGGGGUAAUCCUCCUAAUAUUGGCACAAGCCCAGCGAUCGAGGUAAUGGACGUUUCCAACAAUGACUUCACGGGAUUCCAAAAAUUCAACGGAGGCUUUGUUGCUUUCGGGCUGCGUGUUCUCCGACAUGAUGGAAACCGGUUUUCUGGUGGCGCAUCAUCUGGAUUAUUCUAUCUGCUCGUCCCGGCGCUUGAAUGGUUCAACAACUCAUUGAACGACUAUGAUGGGGAACUUCCCUGGGCAUUGACCAACUGCAAAAACCUCACCCACUACUCUUCCAAGUGUGAUCAUGUGGGAAGCAUCCCACCUGAGUAUGGCAGCUUGACAAAACUCCAGGAAUUUGAUAUCGAAUCCAAUAGCCGGAUGAUUGGAGCCAUUCCCUCGGAGCUUGGUCUUUGGACUAGCCUCACUUCACUAAACAUUGCUGGAACUGGCAUCACGGGCACCAUUCCAGAAGCCCUCUGCUCUAGAGCCCUGGCUGGAGAUUUGAACAUUUUUGCAAACUGUAGCCUCGUGGAGUGCUGCGGUGUUGAAGAGUAGUUGUGGAGUACUGCAGUGUUGAAGAGUAGUCAUGAAGCGGGCCAACUGGAACUGUGCAAAACCCAUUUUAUUCUCAUACAAUUUUAAAAAAGCAAAAAGCAUAAAAGCAUAACCGUGCAGGAUGUCUUCCUUGUGGUGGCUCAUAGCUUUUGAGGGUGG